AUGCACGCUCGCGAUUGGUUUUUGGUAUUGGUCUCCAUUUUCGCCCCUCCAAUAGCUGUUUGGCUUAAGAGAGGUUUCUUUACAAAAGAUCUGUUGAUCAACGUCCUAUUGUGUUUACUAGGUUUUAUACCGGGUUUGAUCCAUGCACUUUACGUGAUUAGCCAACAUCCAUACCAUGAGGAUAUGACCGAAGGUCUGACGCAUGCAGCUAACAAUUAUGGAUCUACAGCUUAA